AUGGGCAACGACGGAGGCUCCAUUCCGAAGCGGCACGAACUCGUCAAGAAUGCCGCCAGGGCGCCGACCGUCUCGGAGUUGAAGGCGACGGCGCUCGAAUCUCUCACGCACGCAUGGACACACUGUUUCCUGAGCGGGACCCCUCUAGACUUGGCGAGUAUCGUCUCCGACUGGCGCGGCCGGCUAUACAACUACGAAUCGGUCCUCAAGGGCCUCGUGCCGUCGGACGAGCCGGUGGAGGCGACGCCAGCAUCCGUCGGCAUCACCUCGUUGCGCGAUGUCGUGAAGCUCACAUUCUCCAAGACGGGCGACAAAUGGACGUGUCCAAUUUCCAUGAAGGAGAUGGGUCCGUCCACCAAGGCCGUGUACCUGGUUCCCUGCGGCCACGUGUUUGCGGAGGUGGCGAUGACGGAGAUUCAAGAGAGCACGUGUCCCGAAUGCUCGGCCCCGUUUGAUGGCGAGGACAUCAUCGCCAUACUGCCGACGACAGAAAAGGACACGCAGAGACUCGAGGCGAGAAUAGACAACCUGCGAGCCAAGGGAUUGGCGCACACGCUGAAGAAGCAGAAAGCGGACAAGAAGAAGAAGCGCAAAGGCGACGACGUGCACAAGGCAGACGGCGGUGACAAUGAAAAGACGGGCAACGGCGACGAGAAGAGACAGAAGAGGGAUAUCGAUGCGAGGAUAAGCGGCAUCAACAACCCGAUGGCGGCCUCGCUGACGGCCAAGGUAUUGGCCGAACAGGAUGAGCGGAACAAUCGACGGAAAGUUCUCGCCGAAGCAACCACGCGGAAGAGCGAGACGGCAAGAGGCUAA